GAGGGUUUCGAGUAACACUGAAAAAAGAAAAGACAGCGUAAUAAGAACUCGUGCAGGAACCAAUUCAAAAUGCAACUCGAUAUAUUUAUUUUAUUAAUAAAUUUUAGGGAAAGAUCUAAUUAACCAACAUUCCCACGCAUUUUUUAAGUAGAAUUUCCGUAAAUUAAAGUUUAUUUGUAACGUUAGCCUCUCAUUUCUUUUCUCAUCAAUUUUAUUUUAGAUUGGUUGCUGUACGAAUACUUGUUACACUAACUGCAUAUCGAAUCGAGUAACCUGUUCCUUUUCGAAGUCGGUUAAAAAAAGUCCAAGGAUUUUGUUCGAAGUACGAAGGUUUGAAAUCGAGGGUUUCGAGUAACACUGAAAAAUAGAAUCGUCGUAUAACGCGGUACUAAAAUUGCACAGGUUUCGCAGUAACGCGAUGGAUGGUAGCGACGAGCCUCGCGUAGCACAGCACUCGAAUUCCAACAGCGUCAAUUCGACAGCAUCUAAACGGUGUUAUCCAUUAAAACGUUCGAUUUCGUCCGAAAACUUUUGAUUCGAAGACCUUGCCUCGUACGAGACUGUACGUACCACGUACGAGACCACGCGAAUCCAAAUUUAUUGUACAGGGUGUCACAAAAUUAUACGUCACGGUCACCGCAGCGUGAUUGUACACCUACGAUUUAGUGGAGAUCGACAUGGAAAGACUCCCCGCGAAAUUCACCUCGAACUUAAAAAUCAAGAUCAAGAAAACAAAUUUUUGUUGUUGUUUAAUCGUGUUUUACUGGUCAUAACGAUCAACAAUUGUGAAAGAGAGCAUGGGUCCAAUCUCAACUGUUACUUAAAAAAAUGAUGUUGUAUUUCUUAUCAUUUUCGCAGCUUCUUUAUUCGUAAAUAUUACAAGCCAGCAAUAAGAGCAGCGUGACCACUUGGAUAAAGUGCUUGCGCAAGGCGAAGCAUUUAGUUAUAUUUCCUGAAUGAACGGAUAACUUCCCGCUGCUUUGUCGAUACGUUACAGUAUAUUACUAUGGUAUGCUAUUUACAUACAUAUUGGCGCUGGAUGUAAAAAUUUACAAAUAAAGAAGCCGCGAAAAUGAUAAGAAAUGCAACAUCAUUUUUUAAGAGAACGGUUGAGAUGUGACUCGCGGUUUCUUUCACGAAGUUGAUCGUUAUGACCAGUAAAACACGAUUAAACAAAUUUAAAAAAAAAAAAAGAAAGAAAGAAAAAAGUUUGUUUCUUUGACCUUGAUUUUCAAGUUCACGGUCAAUUUUGCGAGUAGUUUUUUCUGUAAAUUUCCAUCAAAUCGUAGGUGUAGAAUCACGCUAUGGUGGCCGUGACGUAUAAUCUCGCGACACCCUGUACUCUUGACCCAACAAUUCCAAACACCACUGAACCAACGAACCUACCCAGACGGGGGGAAAAAAACGAAAAAGAAGAAGAAAAAAAAACAAAAAAAAAAUAUACCUCCGGCUAGCAGCUCGAAAGGAAACUGCUCGAGAACACCCCUCGAAACUUUGGGAAGCAAGCACACGCCAUGUUUCACAUCACAAAACACUGGGCUCCCGAUCCUCGUCCCAGGGCAGAUCGGUAUGGAUGAUAAAUCCCCGUGGAUCGCGACACUGAUCACUCGUGCGAGGUAUCCUAGAUCCUAGAACAAACGAUCGCCGGUCUCGGUCCUCCCCGAAGGAUCAUUCCUCGGUAUCCGACGCGAAAGGGAGGUCCUGCGAAAGGGACAACUCGAUCCUCGAACUGUGGGGGAAGCAUCUGUGGUCUGGUCGAUCUCUGGUCGAUCUCUGGUCGAUCUCUGGUCGAUCUCCUCGUAUCUAAACGUUGUGAUUAUCGUGGCGAACGCGGUGAUUUCGAUCGUCGUAUCGACGCCUUCUCCUCGAUUCCUCCGCGUUCGUCAUCGUUGGUUCGCGGCCGUCGCUCGUACGGGUUAGGUUAGUCCCGACGGCGUUUCUCCGGUUGGACGUCCUAAGGAAAGAGCUGGUUGGUCGCGGCGCACAAAGACCAUCGCAGAAACGGUGUAUCGGUGGUAUUUUGGUUUUGGCUCGGCUCGACCCGCGCAGUUCUGGGAGUGGAGUUCUAAAAACAGCAGAGUGCUUUUAAUAUUCCAUCCAGUGGUUCCGAAGAGCUGUCCCUUCUCCACAACGCCGUGCAAAAAUGGGUCGGAAGAAGAUUCAAAUUUCGCGCAUCACGGACGAACGGAAUCGUCAGGUGACCUUCAACAAAAGGAAAUUCGGGGUGAUGAAGAAAGCGUACGAGCUGUCGGUGCUCUGCGACUGCGAGAUCGCCCUGAUUAUCUUCAGUUCGAGUAACAAGCUGUACCAGUAUGCGAGCACCGACAUGGACAAGGUCCUUCUCAAGUACACCGAGUACAACGAACCCCACGAGUCUCUCACCAACAAGAAUAUCAUCGAGGCACUCAACAAGAAGGAACAUAAGGGUGCCAUGUCUCCAGAAAGUCCGGAGCCCGAUGCGAUCGAAUACAAUCUCACUCCGCGUACGGAAGCCAAAUACACCAAGAUCGACGAGGAGUUCCAGCUGAUGAUGCAGAGGCACCAGCACAACGGCACUCGGGCAAUGGGACAAUCUAAUUACGCUCUACCCGUAUCUGUACCAGUGAAUAGUUACGGCGAAUCUCUACUUGGAUCUAGUCCUCAAAUGGCACACACCAGCAUUUCUCCACGACCGUCGUCUUCUGAAACAGACUCAGUGUAUCCACCGGGAGGGAUGUUAGAGAUGAGCAACGGAUACCCUCCAUCGGCGUCACCGCUCGGAGGUUCACCUAGUCCAGGACCUUCGCCGGCGCUGGGAGUCGGGGGCAGUGGGAAUAAAGGCAGCAAUCAGUCUAGGCAUUCGCCGCAACCACCGCCUCCACCCCCGCCGCCUCAUCCUCACAGGACUAAUCUUCGAGUAGUUAUUCCAACACCUCUUACGCAACCUCUUUCCGAAGACACUAGUUACGAUAGUGGCCAUGCACAAUCCUCGUUGAAUACGCCGGUGGUAGCACUGCAAACGCCAUCAGUUCCAGCUGGUUACUCUAGCUUUGGUCCAACGGAUUAUUCCUCGGACCUUGGAAGUCUAGCAUGGUCUCAUCAGAGGUACGUUGAUGACUUAUCAAUGUAUUCAGCAGCCACCAUGUCCAGCAUCAGUGGUCUUCCUCAUCUAGCUGUGUCGAGUAGUACACCACCACCAGCCACGUCGCCCUUACCGGUGAAGAUAAAAAGCGAACCGAUCAGUCCACCCAGAGAUCCGCUCGGUGGUAGCAGCGGUUCGAACAGUAGCGGGCCCACCACCGCCAGCAAUCUUCACCACACGACUCUGAACGUUGGACCGUCGUCCAGCACCGGCGGUCCGCCACCGCACCACGUACCUCAUCCCGGGCCGCAGUCGUUGAAUCUUGUCUCGAGCAGACCUAGCAGUAAUCCACCUCCGUCUCAUUCCGGGAGCAUAACGCCAACGAAUCUACCGUCACCGGGCAGUGGCUCGGUGGCGGACAUAAGAACGAGCCACUCCGGCGGAAACGGAGGGAACAAUUCAGACUAUGAGAACGGACCGCUGAUGAAGCGUUCCAGAAUCACUGAGGGCUGGGCGACUUAAUGUUGAAACCACCGCCACGUGGUCACGCUCGGUCAUUUCAUAAAUCUCUCUACGUACAACGGCGUAUAGUGCUUGUGAAGUUCCAGGACUCGAAGUCGUAGACUCGUUUGACACGUUUUGGCCGAUCCCAUCCCCCGACACGGUUUUUUUUGGUGCGCGAGGAACGAUCGUGUCACGGUUCCGGUUCGGUGGAUUUGGGGGAAAAAAAAAAAGAAAACAGAAAUUUUGUUUAUAUAUAUAUAUAAACGACACGUAAAUUUAUAUAUAUAUAUUUUCAAAGCCCACACACACAACAAUGCGUUUGUUUGACGAUUAAAUACGGUGCCAUAAUGUUGAAGCGUUACACGUAUAUAUAUAUUAUAUAUAUAUAUAUAUGAUGAAAUACAUACAUAUAUAUAUAUAUAUAUAUUUUCAUGUAUAUAAUACAAAGUUGUUUGUAUAUAUGUCAUUAAUUCAUUGUCAUUUUCUUCGUGAUAUGGCAUUGUGUCUUUGAUACUUGUCGCUACGGCGAGGGUUAUUCCUUUAGAGUGGAAUAGACGGAAAAGGAAUAGGCGUGUGUUUAAUGAAUUUUUAUCGCUCCAGGAGCGGGAGCGUUUCGGGAUACCGGACCUGGGUAAAUUUAAUUUAAAAACAAAAAUAGAAAGAAAUAGGAAAUCGUUUGUUCGAACAACAUCUCGAUUUCUUAUUUAUUCAAAUUCGUCUGGAUGUAAUAGAAAUUAUACGAUCCUAACCUCUGAAGGUGUGUAAUAAAUAACACGGUGAAAUAAGAUCGCACGCGUUAUUUGAGACGGUAUUUCGAACGUUAUUUUUAAGAGUGCCUGGGUCCGUACGGGGUAAGUGCAUCGACAACCGAAUUUCUUGAUAGAGCUUGCGAACGUCUAUAAUUUACGGUAGGGAAUUACCAGUAAUUGUACUUUGUUACUUUUUUUUUUUUUUUUUUUUGUGCGUUAUGGUAGAUAGACGAGUCCGCGGCAUAAUCCGUUAAUUGAUGUUUUACAAAGCAAUGCCGGAAGCAAUGAACAUAUAAUGUCUUUUUAAUUGAAUGCCUAGUCAGAGAAUAAUGAUAUUCGAUUAGUGGUAGAAAUUUUAUCCUACAAUUAUUUUCUUUUUUUUUUCUUUUUUUUUGUAAAUUGCAAUAUUUCUUUCCUUUGCUUAAGAACCGUACUCUUCUUUAAAAGAUUUAAGGAAUCUUGCAACUUUUAUUAUAAAAGAUUAUACACGUAUUGUAGAUGAUUUUAUAUUCGUUUUAACGAUUCGUUGAGUAACCGUCGGUUUGUUUUUUUUAUAAUAGUGGAGUCUCUUUCUUUUCUUUUUUUUUUCAUUUUUUUUUUUUUUAGCGAACUAAUUAACGGUCUAUGCCCGCUAAUGAAACGAUAAAUGAUAAAUCGGCUGCUGUACUCAAAAUAAUUACGAUAUUCUGUAGAACACGAUUGGAAAUUAAUAUAUUGAUUAUUACGAGGUAAUAGGCGAGAUAUAUGCAUAUUAUAUGUGAGAUAAGCAUAUUAUAUAGUGUUGAUUAUUAAAAAAAAAAAAAAAAUAGGUAUAUACACGCAAACUCGCAUAUGUAUACAUACAUACGUACGUUAUAUACAUUUUCCACAAAUAUUUUGCACAUUUGAUAUGAAAGAAGAAAUAAGACGUAACACGAGAGAAGAGAUUUGCAACCCUUAAAGCCUAAAAUCGUGCACAACGAGAACACGUUCUAGCGAGUGUGUAUCUUCUGAACAAUCACGGUGGACAAAUGUGACGCUUAACCCUCUAACUCUACAGAUUCGAUCACCUAAUCGUUCGACUCGAACGUGUUAAUUCGCGAGUUAUACAAACAACCAAGAAUUGGUUUCAAGUUUCGGAUAGACAAAACAAAAUUCACGCGACACGGGGGUUAAACGAUUCGUUUGAAUCUAUAUUAACGAUUAAAAAAGAAAAAAGAAAAACCGAACUUGAUCUCUUAACAGCGCAUAGCGGAAAUCCGUAGAACACUUUGGCGAGACAAGGGUUGCAAUUGUAAAAUACCGAGUUGUCUUCUUCCUGGUUAAAACUGCUUCGGAAUGGUCUCAGCCUAUGCUUUACUCAAUCUCAGGAUGUGUCCUGGUCUGAGCUGCUCUCAAGAGUCGUAUUUGGUACAUUACUUGUAAUUAACGUAAUUAAUGGAAUACACAAACGGUAUAUGAAUAAAUAGUGCCUGGCACCAUUUGUGGCCCUCCUUUCGGGUGACUUGCCCACGUUGUCCGCACAAGACGACGCGUCGAUGAGAUUCGUGUAAGAGAGAGAAGAAACAAAAAUGGGGUGCAUAGUCGAAAGGGAAAUGUAUGAAACAGGAACACGAGACAUGGGAUUAACGGGGAGGGAUGGGAGAUAUAAAGUUUAUCGUACCUACAUUACCAUUAGGGGAAUCGUAGACUUUGUUUUACAGCGUUCUCUCGACGAACCGACAACCUGGGAAGUCAGUCUUUAUUAUAUUGUAACCGAAGAUUAUAUAUAUAUAUAUAUAUACGUACGUUAAACAAAAGAAAGAAGACUCGUAUAAUCUUCGAUAUUAACUUGUUCUUUACUAACGUAUAUUAGAAACGUAUCUGAUGACUGUACGAACAAUCGGUGUGCGAAACAUAAGAUAUAAUGUAUAGUCACUAAUAAUUAAUCACAAAUUUUUAAGAUGAUCACAAAGUGCAAUCUCUUAGCCAACACACUUUUUUAUCAAAGAGGAAGAAAAAAAAAGUAUAAAGAAAUUGUUAUUUUUCAUAACGAAAAAAAGUAAGAUUUAAUGUAUUAAAACACUAUAUGUAUAUAUAUAUAUACACACACACACACACAUGUAUAUGUAUAUAUACGUGUAUGUCUCCACUAGUUAUUAAACAUUUUCCUAUUGACACAAAAUUUUAUUGUAUUUGAACUGAUAUAUAAUAUAUGUAUCGAUACAUAUUAUAUAUGCCUCUCUGAACGUAAGUGUACAUGGCUGAAUUCAAUUCUCUAAAGAUAAUCUGCGAUACUUUGCAUCGGUUCCAGAUACUUCUUAGCGGCGACAGGUGGAUCGUUGAAUAAUAUAAUUAUUCUUAAUUACAUUAUUAAUUACCUAAUAUUGUACAACCGUUUUCUCGGCGUAGUUUCAGGAUCACUAUUACGUGCUUCAUCGUUUUGUAUAACGACAGGCUGUUUGCACAAAAAAACGGAAAAUACAAUAUAUAGAAAUAGAGAAACUCGAUACUCGAUUCGAAGUAUGAAAAUGUAUUCGAAGCGUUAUGGCACAAUUAAUCUCGAGUAUACAUCAAACACACUGCCAGUCGUAAGUUUGAGACCACUACGAACGAACACUUAAUUACUUUACGGAAAUCGGAUAGGUUCUACGCAAGAUUUCUUGCACAAGCGGAACAUUAUAUUUUUCGCAAAAAUAAGAAAAUAUUGGCCCGUUUUGCUUGGUUAGCUUCGAUCGUUGUAACUGCUGGCGUAACAAAGAGUAGCUUCAAGCUUACGACCCAACGUGAACAUUCAUUGUCUCCAUAGUCGAUGUUGCACAAUAUCCGAAAUUCGACGUCAGUUGCGUAUUUAUUUGUACAUCGUCGUGAAGCACGCGAUACGUGAAACUGUAUCGAGAGAAGUUUGUUGACACGAUCCACCGGCACUCAGUCUCACGAAGCGAAUAGGCAAGGAUUACGUUUGCUUACCGAUCUAUUUUACUGUAAGACACAAGAUAAAAAUAAAAUAUACGUAGCGAUACCUCUAAAGGUAGGGAACUUGUUAAAUGGUGUACGUUAACGAUACCAUUGUACGUACAUUUUAAUGUAUAUUUUUAAUAUGAAGUAUCCAUAAGUUACACACACGUGAGAGCAAAUUUGAUGUGUAAUCUUGUUCGGCACAACCGAGUUCAAUGUUGAGAAGAAAGGAAACAAAAGACGAAAGAAAUACUUGACGAACAUAUCUCCCAAAGACAAAACGAUUGGAAAUAUUCUUGCUUCUUCGAACUUGCAGAAUUCUUGUGAAAUAAUUCCGUCGUUGUAAAAACGAGCCUCAAACGAGAGCCUUUCGAAGUCUCGUUCUUGCAACGCCGAAUCUACGUUACCCGGUGUUAGUAAUAAAAAUGUUGCUGGUCUUAUAACGUUAAUUAGAGGUUAUUUACCUAUUUAUUGAUGGGGUGGAUGUUUAGGGUUACUCUUUAAGUUUCAAAGAACUUGCGUACAGAAGAAGUCGAACGAAGUAAAUUGUUAUUCGCGUUCGUUUCGUCAUAAUUGACCGUACGGUUGUGCCUCCCAAGACUUUUAACGAAAAAUAUUCGAUACAUAAAGCGACGGGCGAUUAUCGUAGUUGAAACUCAGAGACUAUUGAAGUUGUUGGAACGCUGUGAAUGAAAUGGACCAUCAUUAGAAAUGUUGUCGUAUGCGUAAAUACCGGGGGGGGGGGGAGGGGGG